GCCCCUGCCGGUUGGGAAGGAAGGUGCGCGGGCUGGAGCAGGUGAGGCCUUUUGGCGUUGCGGUUGUUUUCCGCCGUCUCUCGUGUCGGUCUUUCUCUCAGCGCUGGUAUUCUGGGACCGGCCGCCUCUUAAGGUCGAGAGCUCGAUCGCCUUCGUGUGGGAAGCGGCUGUUGGGGUCGGGAAAUAAGGCUUGUUGUCAGGAGGAAGGGAGGUUGCAUCGGCUGAAACCUGGAUUUGAUGCAAGACUGAAAAACAGGCAUUGUAUUGAUGACUUAGGAGACAUUGAAGGACAUGCUGAUUUGCUUAGCAAUAUUAUUGCAAACUAUUCAAGACACAAUGAAAUGGUCCAUUGUACCUUCCUAAUAUUAAUGGCUUUAUUGUGUCUCAGUAGCAUUUUUGUUGAUGUUAAUGAAUGAUUCCUCAUUGCUACAAUAGCUAAAAUGCAGGGGCAGAAUUUACUGCAAAUGAAUAGUAGUGUGGAAGGGGCAGACCAGUCAUGUUUAAAAGCUCUGUCCACAGAGAAAUAUGCCAUGUCUCCAAGUGAGUACAGCUGUAGAACUGGAAGCCUUUAUUUAAACCAAAAUGGAAAUCUUGAUGCAUCCCUGGAAAUGGAAAUGGUUCAGAAAAAAUUUCACAGCAAGAGAGAUGAUGGAACAAUUGAUGAAGGAUCACUGGAGAGUCCUCAGGAUAACAGCACAGUGGAAUCCAACAAUACCUGGGGUGAUUUUGAAGGUUUCAGUGAGGUCAAGCUGGUGAACUUAAGUAAUAUUCCAGAAUCUUUGGAGAAGAUGAAUGAAAAGCUGACAUAUACAAAUGGUAUGGAUGUCAAUGACACUCAUCCCACUACCUCAUUCAGACAAUUUCUUUCCAAAGCAGCUGGGUACAAAAAAGAAACAGUUGUUAAUGCUACAAUGAAGGCUGUCAUCAGUUCUGAAGAUAUUGUUAAACUGAGUUUUCCUGAAAUCCCAAUACCACAGUGUUUGGAUAAAAUAAGUACAUUGAAGCAAGUACUUGACCCAAAAAGAGAAAAUGCAGACAUUCCUGAAUGUACAGAGAAACAAGUUUGCAUUGACUCAGCAAAUUUAUGGAAAACUCUUACUCACUGCAAUAGCCCUUCUGGUUUAAGAUGCCAUCGGAAUGAAUCUCAUUGUCAAGAAAAUCUUUUAGCUGUGCUUGGAAUUGAUGCUAAUCAAAAGGCUCUUCCAGAAUUUAAGGACAGUAUUUUGGAAAAAACUAACAGAGAAAAUGAAGAUUCUGGUGUUGAUAAAUUCAACCUUACCACUUGUAAAGCACUUAUUCAAACUAAGCUUUCUGUAUCUCCUGAGCCAAGGCAGAGCCAUCUGUUUACUUAUAACUUGUUCCUGAAGAAGACUCCAUCCAGUGGAAAUAUGCAAUAUAUAACAGUUUCACAAAAAAAGAGGUUUUUUACUACACAGAGUUUAAGGAUGAAAAUGUUUAGCAGCAAUGUUUGCUAAUGGAAAAGUUUGCCAUUGUAUCACUUUUUUUAAACAAAUCUAUUACUAAUUUUAAAAAGAAGCGUCUCUGGGGAAAGAAUGCUUCAUCCAUGUAUUUUAUUUUAUAGAUAUGGGUACGGUUUGGUCAUGAUGCCACUAAUACAUAGAUCAUGAAGUGAACAAGCCAGAAUUAUGCUUUCAGAGAUGGCAAAUGUGCUGUGCUCACUCUUGCUAUUUUGCUGACAUUUUUUAAACCCUUCUAAUUGCGCCCUGUAUUAGAAACAUGUGUUGUGCUGUUUGUGUGGUUGAUCACUCUUCCUCUAAACCAGUGUUGUCCAAACUUGGCCACCUUAAGAUGAGUAGACUUCAACUCCCAGAAUUCUCCAGCCAGCAUGGAGGGGCUGGGGAAUGGA